GGCAGGAGAAGGAGGAGGAAGGCACUCGGAGGAGGAUGGAGACAUCGGGGUGGGAGGCACGGGAAGGAGGAGGAGUGGGCCCCGUCCCGCUGGCUGCUCAGUCCCCAGUGAUGGGGCUGCACCGGCUGGGACCCCUUUGCGCCGGGGCUCUGCUCUGGGCCCUGCUCGCCGCCUCAGCCCCUCUCGGCCCCCGCAGGGAAAACUCGGCAUCCUCCUCCUCCUCAUCUCCGCGUGUGCGGGUGGGAGCCGCGGCAUGGCGGGGAGACACGGGGCCCGGGGCACAGCCGACAGGGUUGCUCGAGAAUUCUCUGAGGAGGCACGGAGCGAAGGGAACGCGGCCGGGAAAACAUCACUAUCAGCAGCAUCAUCAGCAGCAGAAGCACGCUCAGCCUCAGGGAGACGAGCCCGCAGGGUUCCCGCUACUCUUCAGCCUCCCGGACUUCUCCCAAGCCGACUUCAACCAACCCAACCCCAACAUCCAGGUGACCAUUGAGGUGGUGAGCAGCCCCGAGAUGGAGCUGGACCUGGUGACCGGGGCCGGCCGCCUCGAUUGGCCGGAGCCGCGCGGCGACGCCGCGGCUGCCCAGCUGGCGCCCCGCUGGCUCCUCCAACUGUGGCAGAGGUCGCUCGAGGGGUCAAAGGGCGCCAAGGCCGGCGGGCAAUCGGAUUACAGCUACUACGAAGAGGAGGAUGGCGAGGAUGAUGAUGAUAAUGUGGGGUACGGGGACGGUGCGGACGAUGGGGCCUUUUUUGGGUCACGCAGACGAGGCCAGCAGAUGGUGAGCAUCGGGGAGGAGGAGGGGACUACUCACGAAGACGACGACGGUGAUGAUUAUGGAGACGCAACGUCACCUCCACCAAUCACGGAGACACGGCUCAACAACACCGGGGCUGACAGCUGUGAGCGGUGGGCGCGAUGCGAGCGCGGCACGGCUCUGCGCCCGUACGUGCGCCGCGUGCUCGCCGAGCUGCCCUCCUGCCCCUGCGUCUACCCCCGGCAGGUCGCCUACGGCAGCGCCCUCAUCCCAGAGCCCCCCGAGUCGGGGGCAGCAGCGGCAGGGGGAGCACUGGGGGCAGCUGAAUCUUUGGAUUCAUUAUCACGGUCGCAAUCGCCGCCGCCCUCCUCCUCGUCCUCCUCGUCCUCGUCCCCGCCACGCCGCGCUCGCUCCGUGCGCUGGCGCGACGCGAGCGGCCCUCACGAGCGCCUGGACGUCUACAAGCCCUCGGCACGCUACUGCAUCCGCUCCGUCCCGCACACGCAGCCCGCUCCCUCGUCCUCCUCCUCGUCGUCACCGAGGCACCGCCGCCGCCCGGCUCCCACCCACGCUCCUCCUCCUCCUCUUCCGCCGUCGUCGCCGCUGCUGGCGGCUCAGCAGUGCUGCUACGACGCGGCGAUGCGCCUCGUGACUCGGGGGCCCGGCGCGGGCACGCCCAGCCUGGUGAGCGCCGACCUCUCCCCCGAGCUGCACCGCCGCCUCGACGUGGGGCCGUGGCUGGCGUGCCGCGGGGACUGGAGCCGCUACAACGCCGCGCGACCACCCAACAACCGCCGCGGCUGCGCCGAGAGCCCCCGGGACGCCGACUUCGACCGCCUCCUCGGGCAGGCCGCGGACUUCUGACUCUGCUCGUGCGUGGGUGGGGGAGAUGGAAUUUAUACUGGAGGAGGAAUCCGAUGAACUGUGAAGCUCUUUUUCACGGAUGUUGGGUAAAGGGUGGGGGGGUGGGUUGGAUCACGGGAGUGUUUUGAAGGGUGUAUGUGAGAGAGUGUGAGUGAGCGGUAGUGUAGCGGUUAGCGCGCUGCGCUAUGAACCUGGUGACCCAGGUUCGAUUCCCGCUCACGGCCAACACCAGUGACGAUUAUCUGAACCGGUCC